AUGAAACAAGAAGACAACACUCUAGGAUUAGGGGAGGAAGACUUACUGCUUCCAAUUCGGGAGUUCUCCUUCAUCAGUCAAGAUACUAUUGACAGGCUGAACGCUUCCAACAAACGUUGGAACCAAUUCGUCGAAGCGUUUCGUGCCGACACUAGACGGCUUCAUCAGGAAUUCGAACGAAGACAGCGCCGCCGCUACAACCGGAACAAGUUGUUUUAUCUGAUCCAUUGGGAACCCGAGUACAGACCACCCCCAACCCCCCCGGCCCCUCAAUAUUUCCAUGCUAUUCUUCCCUGGCCGGUCGAGCUUUCCAAUCUGAGUCCAGGUACUACCGCUGCGGACCUUCGUACGGCUCUGGCCCCUUAUGGCAACAUCACCCAUUCCUUUCUUCUGGUUUUGAAAUCGGCAAACCUCGGCGCUAUCGUCCAUUUUUCGGACCACGGAACCGCUGCGGCCGCAGCAGCCGACCUGGACGGUACAUGCGCGGAUGGAUUUAUUCUUCAGGCUAGGAUCAUGAGUCAUAAAGAGCAGUCAGCUUUAGCCCUUUUGCGCCGAAUGAGCUAA